AUGUCAAAAGAAGCUGAAGCCUUGAGGUUAGAAGGUAAUGAGCACUUCAAGCACAAGAGAUUCAACAAUGCCGUCAAAUCCUACUCGAAAGCCCUGGAAUUUGAAGUUACACCUGUGAUUUUGGGGAAUCGAGCUCAAGCUUAUCUCAAGAUGGAAAGGUAUAUUUUCUAAAUUUUUUUCUUGAUUUUAGGGCACUUUAGGAUAAAUAUUAUCUUGCUCAUGAUUUUAUUAAGAAAUUCAAAAUAUUAUGUUUGUCUACAAUAUUGGACAAUGCGCUUUUAUGCCAUGAGGUUGCGAAAAAUUGUAUUAUUAGAUGAUACUGUUCUUAUUAAUCUUGAAAAUUUUUUAAAAAAAUAUUAUGAUGUUCAUUUGAUGUUAUUAUUCUUUCAGCUACGAGAAGGCGUUGGCUGAUACUACAGAAGCCCUAAAAUUAGACCCAAAGCACGAGAAGUCUUUAUAUCGGCGGGCCCUUGCUGCUGAGAAGCUCAAGCUCUUUGGUAGGGCUCGUGCCGAUGUUGAUCGUCUUCUCGACAUAGAUCCAAUGAACAGGGAUGUGGUAAUGUUGCUGGAGAGACUUGGAAAACAAGUAAGUUUUUGCUAUUAUUAUUUUUACGUUUAGAUGGACGAACCGGAGCUCAAAAUUACUACCUUUUCCAAAUCCGAAGCCCUUCAGUCGAAAACCGCGCUAAAGGAAAUUCAGAUCAAACCGAUCAAUGAUAAGGUGCCUGAUUUGGAUAAAAUAAAUCUCAAUCAAGCUAGGAUAUCAGUGGAUGAAGAAAUGGACGACCAAAAGCCAAUUCCUGAUUCAGAUCUGCCUCUUGAAGAAGAACAAGGAUCUCAAAUGGAGUAUGACGAUCUUCCACCACCUCCACAGACCUCUUCAGAAUUUUACACGGCCUUUGUUGAUCUACGACAUGACCCAAAGUUGUUUGCCAAGUAUUUCCUUGUAAGUGGCAUAAUUUUUGAAGGUUUUUUGAUUUUAGGUAUCAAAGAUAAUAUCAAUUUGUUCCAGACGAUUGAUCCUUUCUAUUUUGAACCCGUUUUUGGUGGUGUCCUUGAUUUUGAAACCUUGGUAUGUCUGUUCAAAGGGCUAAAUUCUUGUGAUUUGAUUGGAGAAUCGGUCCUUCAGAUGUUGUUGUCGUUGUCCAAGGUGUCAAGAUUCGAUUUAUGCAUUCUGAUGGCUGCGGACGAUAUAAAGCCAGGUAUGAAAUUUAAUUAUUUUUUUUUGAGUUUUAGAACAAAUAACGAGGGACUGAAAGAACUUUUGAGGUCAAAUUGGUCGAGUUUAGGUAGUGUAAUGUAAAUUUUGUUUGCAGAUCUCGAAAAUUACCUUCGUCGAUACCCAACAAAUCUCGGGGAUCUCGUUCAAGAAGUGAAGAAGGCCUACAUGUGUUGUUAA